AUGAGUGAUGAUGACGACGACGCUCACACGCAUGAUGUAGAAACCCAUGCGCAACUAACGCCAAAGGCCAACAACGCCAGACGCGCAAAGCGCACGUCGGUCGACACCCCAAAGCGAGGCUCGCUUUGGGACGACGAGAGUGUCAAUGAAUUGUUCCGACUUCGGUACAAGUCGCAGUUGGCCAAGCGUUUCGACUCGAAAAACAACGCCGAGAAGUGGAGUUGA